AUGGCCAUCUUAAAGAAUUGGUCCAAGAAGAAAACCAUUUUCUCCAGAUUCUACAUCAUGUCAUGGACAUGGAAGAUCAUGAUAAAGAUACUCUACAUUUACUUGUCUUUUUACUUAUGCAGUUUUUAUCUAGACAAGAUCACUCUCAUCCAUCUGAAGAAAAAGCUAUGGCGAGGAACCAGCACAUAAUUUUACGCCACUUGAAUAUAUUGUUGGGCUACAAUCCAGCAGAAAAGGGAUUUUUAGUACCUCCACACAAGUUAAGGAAUUCUCCAGUAUUUCGAGCAUUUCUGGUGUCUUUGCCAAAAGUCCUGGACUACAACUUCAAAAUAGGGAACAUACUUCUCAACGUUUGUCUUCCUGUUCUGAUUUACUGCCCAUCUCCCCAGAGGUUUGCAUACGAACAUCAAUUACCCAGCUACUCAUUAUGGUUGCUGGAUUCGCAUGCUCGACACUCAUGGUUGGUGGCUACUCUUGUAAUUUUGUACAAGUAUCGCUACAGUAGUCCACCAUACUGCAAACAAAUACAGAUGCUUAUUCACAUUGUUCUCAACACUUUAGAGGCUCAACACCACGUGUGCAAAUAUUCCACUGGUCCUCUUCUAAGUCCUGUUCCUUCACGAUUUCGAGAUUUCAGUUGUGUGUCAGGUGAUGUUGAAAAUUUACAAGAGCACUAUACUCCUCCAAAUGAACCGCCUUCUUCAACAGAUGAAGUGAAAUUGUCUUUUACUGCAACAGUUACCAACCUUAGAGGUCUUCACCACAAAGCAUUAGGAGAAAAUUCUUUUUCAGAAAUAGGGAAAGAUCAACCAAUGAUUUAUAAAGAAAAGGCUGACUGGAAAACGAAAAAAUUAUUAGAUUAUGGUUGUUCUUGUGAUGAUGAUGUUGAACCAGAAUUAGAAGCAAUUCCUGAAAGCCCUAAGUCUGAAAGCUCUGGAAAAGAUACUGGAGAACUUGAACUCUCAUCUAUUGAAACUGUUUCUGUUUUAACAGAACAGGCGAGAGUUAGGGUGGUUAAAGACAAUGGUUUAACAGAUCAUGUAGUUGUAUUUGAUCCUUCAAAAACUACCAAUGUCUGUUCUAAUCAGGCACCAAAAGACACCUAUAUUUCACAAGAUGGCAUCUCAGCUUUUCCGGUUUCAGAAAUCUUGGAAACAGAUCAUGGCGAUUGUCGGUCAGUCAGAGAUGUCCCUGUUGAAAAAUUUGUUCACGAGUCUAUGGAGAAAGAUGAAUUCAAAAUGGAAGUUACAUGUGCCAGAGUUUUGGACACUGAACAAAGUAAUACAAACAUGAAAAUCCUUCAACCUAUGCUAUCAACUGAAAUCUAUGAGGCCAUGGAACCUUAUGAUACUUACAACUCACCUGAAAUGACCUGUCAUGUUAAUAAGCCUGAGGUUUUUAAUGAUCAACAACAAAUAUUGAAAAUUGAGACUGAAGUCUGUUCUACUGUUUUUCCUCAGUCUGCAUCAGAGGGAUUGUUGGUUCCAAAACCUACUGGUUACAAAGAGGAGCCUCAUUCCUUGUCUGUAUCAUCGAGCAAACAGUUUAUAAACAAUUCUUUACAAGUUUAUGUCAGUGAACCACCAUUUGUCAGUAUGGGGCCAGCAUUCACAGAAAAAGAAGCUAGCAAGACUGUACAAACCAAAGAUGCAGGAGUUGGUAAAGAUGUCAUUAUGGAGUCAGCAUUUACAGAAAAGGUAGAUAGCAAGACUGUACAAACCAAAGAUGCAGGAGUUGGUAAAGAUGUCAUUAUGGGGCCAGCAUUCACAGAAAAGGUAACUAACAAGACUGUACAAACCAAAGAUGCCAUUAUGGGGCCAGCAUUUACAGAAAAAGUAGCAAACAAGACUGUACAAACCAAAGAUGUAGGAGUUGGUAAAGAUGUCAUUAUGGGACCAGCAUUCACAGAAAAGGUUGCAAGCAAGACUGUACAAACGAAAGAAGCAGGAGUUGGUAAAGAUGUCAUUAUGGGACCAGCAUUCACAGAAAAGGUUGCUAGCAAGACUGUACAAACGAAAGAAGCAGGAGUUGGUAAAGACAACAGAACUGUAUGUCUUUUAAAAUCAAGGGAUUACACACAUAGAGUAUCACAUCCUUAUCCAUCUGUAAGUUCUAAGGUGAAUACUGUUGUACGUGCACAAGGAGAGGAGAUGUCUAGCAGCACAGGAGAAUUUAGUUCUGGUAUUACAGUAUCCAAAAGAAAGUCAAAAGAACCUUAUAAUCAAGAAAUCGUUUCUUCCAGUUAUGAUGCAGGGAUAGAAAAGUGUACUAUAAGCUAUUCACAAACGGAUCCAAUGAAACAGAAGCCUCGAAUUCAGAGAAUGGGUGCAUUUGAUACAGGAUCGCUUAAAGUGAAACCUGUUCAUAAUGAGAAGUUGAAAGUUUCUGAAAUAGAAAGUAAAGUUGGUGAAAUCAAGAAUGUCAGUCAUGAAAAUUUGCACGUGAAACAGCUUUGCAGUAUGUUUGGAACAGAAAGCAAUGUUUCUACAUUAUCCUAUCAUGAUGACAAAAAGGUUGUCUCUACUGGUGAUAAACAAAAUGAUCAUUGCAAGUCUCUUUGGCACGUUGAAAUUCAUAGACCAAUUCAUCUAGAGCCGAUUUCAAAUAAACCAAAUCCUGAAAGAUUAUUGCCAAUUGGAAUACCAGAGAAAAAUCUGAGAGCAGCAUCAUAUCCAACUAACAGAAGUAUAAGUGAGGACACAGUUUCAAAAUGCUAUCCACAGAAUUUAGUAACUGUAAAAUCUUCUGAAGAAGCAGCUCAAAGAAGGAUAUUAGAAGCUUUUGAAACAGAAAAGGCAGUUCAGACACCAAAGUACUUAGACUGGCCUGCUCACAGACAUUUUCCAGCAGAAGAAAGACUUCUGCCUAUUGGAACUCCUCCAAAGAGAACAAGAAACAAAACCAAAUCACUUGAGGAAUCAGAAAGUAGUGUGUCAUUUUACUCUGGUCCUCAUUUUGCUCAGACACAAAUUUUCAAUAAGGUUCCUGUUAUGGCUCGUAUUGAAACCAGUGAGAUAGGACCUGCAAAUCUUAAAACAUUGGUAGUCACAACAAUACCACAGAACUCAGCUGAGACAAAAGGACAAGAAAGUCUGCUUGAAGAAAACAAUAUACAGACAAAUGAACAGCCAGAAAAUGAUGCUUUGUAUCACACAGCAUGCUCUUCUGUUAUUGAAGACAUUGAAGGGGAAACUCAAACAGAGGGCAUAAAAGAACAAUUACCAGAAAUAGCCACUAAUAAACAUCCAGCUUGGUCAAACUUUACUUUUCCUGAGUUAAAGUCAAGCAUUGACAUUGAGUGGAACAAGAAUGAUGGCCUGUUUGAGGAUUUAUUACCUCCUGAAUAUUCAUUAGAACACAGAAUAAGUAAUGAUGAUUAUAUAGAAUGCCAUUCUGACAAAGAGUUAGUUGAUGCAUAUCCAGAAAAAGGAUCUUUAGAAAAAAGUGACAGCUUUGACUCCAAAGAAGAUGAUGAUCAUGGAAAAUUACAGAAAGAAAAAGAGGAUGUGAAAAGUAAGCUUCAUUAUCGACCUAAGAAGCAACGGAAAAUGGGUCUCAGCUCCAUUGAAAUUCAGAGACUGGCUGAUCCAAAGUGUGCAAACAGUAGACGCAGAAAAACUGAAGCAAGUAGUAACAACAGUAGUAUUGGAUUUUUGUCAAAACGCUCCAGUACCAGCCAGUCAUCAGGUGGUGGUCAUAUUGGUGAAGAUACAGUCACUGAAAGAUGCAGUGAAUGUGGUGGAGCUCUUCAGGAAUUCAGCAACGAAGAGUUAGGGUUGUGCAUUGUGAUUUUGUCAACCUAUGUUCAUCGAGAGCCCAUCCUAGCCUCCAGCCUGUUGCCCGAAAUGUUUCAAGCUGUUUCCAA